AUGGGAUCCGCCACCGAGGGGAGCCCCCCCGCUGCGUUUGACUGGUUUUUCGAGGCGGCCUGCCCCGCCUCCCUGCAGGCCGAUCCACCCAUCCUGUGGCAGUUCCCCCGGGAUUUCAGGGGCCAGGAGGCCGUGCACAUGGUGCCGAAAUUCUGCUUCCCUUUUGAUGUGGAAAGGGAGCCCCCCAGCCCCGCAGCACAGCACUUCACCUUCGCCCUGACGGACCUGGCCGGAAACCGCAGGUUUGGCUUCUGCCGCCUGCGAGCUGGAGCCCAGAGCUGCCUGUGCAUCCUCAGCCACCUGCCUUGGUUUGAGGUAUUCUACAAGCUACUGAACACCGUCGGGGACCUCUUAGCUCAGGACCAAGUUUCCGAAGUCGAGGGUCUUUUACUGAACCUGCUUCAGCAAACCCUGCCUGGGAGCCAGACCUCGGCCGGGCUGGGCCUGGGCGGCGGAGCGCGGGGCUCCAGCGUGCACGGCGUCCUGCCCCCUGCCCCCGGGACCAGCAGGCCUCUCUCCUGCUUCGUGGCCCCGGACGCCGACCGCCUGCCAUCCAUCCCUGAGAACAGGAAUCUGACGGAGCUGGUGGUGGCGGUGACGGAUGAAAACAUCGUGGGGCUGUUCGCGGCGCUCCUGGCCGAGCGGAGAGUCCUGCUGGUCUCCAGCAAGCUCAGCACCCUGACGUCGUGCGUCCACGCGUCCUGCGGGCUCCUGUACCCCAUGCGCUGGGAGCACGUACUCAUCCCCACGCUGCCCCCGCACCUGCUGGACUACUGCUGCGCGCCCAUGCCCUACCUCAUCGGAGUGCACGCCAGUCUCGUGGAGAGAGUGCGGGACAGAGGUCUAGAGGACGUGGUGGUGAUGGACGUGGACGCCAACACCCUGGAGACGCCGUUCGACGACGUGCAGGCGCUGCCCCCAGACGUGGUGUCGCUGCUGCGGCUGCGGCUGAGAAAGGCCGCGCUGAGCCCCGGGGAAGGGGUGUCCCGGCUCUUCCUCAAAGCCCAGGCCCGCCUGUUCGGAGGGUACCGCGACGCGCUCCUCUGCAGGGAGGGCCAGCCCAUUACUUUCAGCGAGGAAGCUUUCUUGAGCCAGAAGCCUGGGGCGCCCCUGCAGGCCUUCCACCGGCGCGCCGUGCACCUGCAGCUCUUCAAACAGUUCAUCGAAGGCAGACUGGAGAAGCUCAACGCCGGCGAGGGCUUCUCCGAUGCCUUCGAGCAGGAGAUCACCUGCUGCGAGACCUCCUCAGGCACCAUUCGCUCCUACCAGCUCUGGGCUGACAGUCUCAAGAAAGGUGGGGGUGCUCUCUUGAAUUCGGUCAAAGCCAAGACCCAACCAGCCGUCAGGCACAUGUACCGCUCGGCCAAGAGCGGCCUGAAGGGUAUGCAGAGCCUGCUGCUGUACAAGGAUGGGGACCCUGGCCUGCAAAGGGGGGGCUCUCUGAGGGCCCCCACCCUCACCAGCCGAUCAGACCGCCUGCAACAGCGCCUGCCCAUCACCCACCACUUCGGACAGAACCGGCCCCUCCGUCCCAGCAAGAGACUCCAGCUGGAAGAAGGUCAUUCUCAGUCCUUAGGGCAAGGGACACUUUCUUUGAGCCCCGAGGAUGUGCAGAGCCCCUGGGCGGAGGAAGCCCUGGAUGGCAGCUUCUUGGGGUCCGGAGAGGAACUGGAUUUGUUGAGUGAGAUUCUGGACAGCCUGAGCGUGGGAGCCAAGAGCAUGGGCAGCCUAAGGCCGAGCCAGAGCUUAGACUGCUGUCACAGAGGGGACCUGGACAGCUGCUUCAGCCUGCCUGACAUACCAGGAAGACAGAGAUGGCAGUCCGAGUAUGGGAAACCGCCAGAGCCCCAGCCCCUGUCCCUGCCUGCGCACCUGUCGCUCCUGCAGCACGCCCCGGCUUUGGAUGCCACGUGCACCUCAGAGAACCCCGAUCCCCAGCUGCCUGCCGGAGACCACCGGGACACUGUCUCCACAUCCCAGUCCUUCAUAGCUUCCGCAGACCCCAGCAGCCAGGGGCACCCCCAACUCCCUCCUCUCGUGGAACCCCUCAUCCUUCGUCUCUCCCCUCCCCGAGAGGCAGCUGAAGAUUCCGGAGCCUUGGACAGCCCCUGUUCUAGGCUCUCUGCAGCACCCACCCAACCCAGCCCCCCAGAAAGCCCUCAACUUCCAAGCCCCAACUUGGAGCCUGCCUGCACCUCGCAGCCUCUGGACUCUUCCUCAGACCCCGGUUCUCCAGAGCACCCCCAAGCUCAGCCUCCCGAGGUCUUGCUAGAACCUGCUCCUUUUCAGCCCCACGGGGAACUAGGAGCCCCCUGUGCCCCUACAGCACCCACCCAAAACUGGCAGGAGCCCCCAGCCAGGAGCCAGUCCCGAGUGGCUGAUCUGAAAAAGUGUUUUGAAGGCUGA